GUGGUGGUGGGGCCUAAGAAGGUCUUCCCAGAAGGCACAGUCAUCUCCCUGCAUCCUGCAGAUGAAGAAGAGGAUGACGAGGAUGAAUUCAGCGAUGAUGCGGAUGUGAACAAGGAGGAGAGCAAAGCGAAGCAAAAAGGCUACAACCCAGAAGAGGUUGGCUUGGAAGGCAGAGGUUACCUUUGGAAAGCAGCUGAUGAAAACGAUGCAGACCAUGAGGAACAAAGACAAAGUCUCUGGGGCCUCACCGUGAAGAUUGAAGAAGAAGAAGCUGAGUCUGAAAGCGACACAAGCUUUGGGUCUGAGCAGAUGGACAGCCGGACAGCUUCCCCUCAGAUGGAUGAUGUCAAAGUUUUCCAGAACGAGGUCUUGGGGACUCUGCAGAGAGGGGAAGAAGAGAAAAUCUCUUGCGACAACCUGGUUCUGGAGAUCAACUCUCUCAAAUACGCCUAUAACAUCGGCCUGAAAGAGGUGAUGGCGAUGCUCAGCAAGGUGGUGCUGGAAUACCCCCUACAGCAGAUGAAAGCAGAAAAGGACCCUCAGCAAUACAGCAGCCUGGUGGCCCCUCUGCUGAAGAAUUGGGCUCCGCUCUUCAAGAACUACAUCAAGCGGACGUCGGAUCACUUGGAUGCUUUGCAUGCCAUUGAAGAGUUCUUCUUGGAACAUGAGAACCUGACCACGGCUUUGGCCAAAGUCCUGAUGAUGUUCUAUCAACUGGAAAUCUUAGAAGAAGAGAUGAUUCUGGCCUGGUUUUCUGAACGGGACACCUCAGAUAAAGGCAGACAGCUUCGUAAAAACCAGCGGCUUCAGAAGUUCAUCCAGUGGCUUGAGGAAGCGGAGGAAGAGUCGUCCGAAGGGGAGCAAAACUGACCUGGUGGCCUCCGUCAAAAAGAAAGACGAGCCUUGCUCUCUUUCUCAGAAGAAGGGAGGCCCCAAACAUCCACCUUGGCUGAAGGAGGCGGCAGAAGAGCAAGGACAUAACCGUGUGCAUGGCCCAUGCAUGUGGGAUUCGAACUCUCGGCUGGCUGACAAUCCUGGGGCUUAUUUCGUUGUAUAUUUAAUGUUCCUGGCAGACACCACGGGUGGGACGGAAGGAAACCAUGGCUGGAUAAACCAGAGACCUGUACACUA